CUCAAGCGGCCACCAAGGUGGCAGAUUUCACGAGCGCUAUGCGAAAGUGAAAAUAUUGAACGGCUGUGCGAUGACGAGCUCGGAAGGGGCGGCUGUGCACGUGGGAAAGAGUUCGCUGCAUGACCGUCGUGCGAUCAGCACAGCUUCGCGGCGCGCACCGAUUCCUGCAGGCGGCAAGGCCGGGGGCCGAAGUGGCUCCUGAGUCGCCAUGCCCCCCGACGCGAGAAAGAGACAGCGGUCCGACCAGGCUGGCGAGCACACUGUCGUAGGGAUCUUCUCGUUCGCGCUCGAGUCCAACGCAUUCAACCCAGAGCCGCGGCGGCUGUCCAGCUUCCAGUUCCUCGAGGGCAAAGAGUAUGAGAAGGACGAGCGCCAGUCUGGUUUCGUACGGCGGCUGCGGGCGGCCGAGCCGGAGCUGUUCGGCGGCGUGGUCGUGCGCUUCGGCGUGCUCUACCGCGGCUGGUGCGGCGGCGUCGUGCCCGCGGAGGACUUCGCCCGGAUGAAGGCGACGGCGGUGGAGCAGUGCCGCAGCAUGCUGGCCAGCGGCGAGGAGCUCGCCGGCCUCUACUUCGACCUGCACGGCGCCAUGGGCGCCGAGGGCUGCGACGACGCGGAGGCCGAGCUCGUGGAGGCGGUGCGCGGCGCGGCCCCCCGCGCGCGCCUGGCCUCGGCCUCCUUCGACCUGCACGCCAACGUCUCGGAGCGGCUGUGCGCCGCCAUCGACCUCGCCGCCGCGUACAAAACUUUCCCGCACGCCGACAUGGAGGAGACCAAGACGAAGGCGCUGCGGAUGCUGCUGGUGUGCCUUCGGGGGGUCAUCGAGCCCAGGGUCGUCGUCGUCACCAUUCCAGCCAUCCUGGAGGGCGAGAAGGUCCUGACGACGGAGGGCCACGGCCAGGAGCUCUACCGGUGGCUGCGCGACCUCGAGCCGAGCGCCUGGCGGACGCCCGAGCUCGUCGAGCUGCUCGGCCCAGUCGACGAGCGCGUGCGGCCCGUCCGCGGUCUGCUCGACGCGUCUUUCUUCGUCGGCCACGGGUGCGCGGACGAGUCGCGCGUCGGCGCGGCGGUCGUUCUCAGCGGCGAGGCCUCGGCCGUGGCCACGCUGCGCGAGCUCGCGCGCACCAUUGCGCAGUGGUACUGGGACCGGCGCAAGCUCUUCGCUCACCCGGCCGGCUGCCCCCUCCUGCAAUGGGCCGCCGCCGAGGCCGAGAUACUCUCGAGCCUCGCCGCUGGCCGGCGCGUGCUCCUCGGAGACCUCGGCGACAACACCAACGCCGGUGCGUCGGGCGACGUGCCGUUCGUCUGCCGCCGCCUGCUGCGGCUCGCGUCGCACGGCAGCCCGCGCAUGCUCGUCGCGGGGCUCGUUGACCGUGCCGCCGUCGAGGCGUGCGCCGCGGUGGUCGCUGAGGGACGGGACGUGCUGCCUGCGGUGCGCGUCGGCGCCGGCCACGCGCUCGGCGCGAGGUACGGCGUCGACUGUGGCCCGCUCGAACUCCGAGGCGCGAGGGUGCGCGGCCUCGUCAACGGCGGCGCGUGGGCGGUGCUCGAGGCGUCGCCCGCGCUCACCAUCGUGCUGCAGCGCUCGGCGUGGGCCUUCCUCGGGCACGCCGACGUCGAGCGGCUGACGGACCGCUUCCACCCGGCGUCCUACGACGUGGUGGUCGUCAAGGGCUCUGUCGUCGGGCCACUGGCCGAGCACCUGCGGGCACCGGGCGAGAGCCCGCAGCGCACUGCCUGCGUCAUGGCGCUCACGCCUGGCGCGGCCGCGAGCCCGCAGCCGCCGAGGCCACGCCUGCGGCCAGGCACCUACCCAGAGGAUGAGGACUCCACCUGGACUGCGCCGGCAGGGAGCUGCGCGCAGCCCUGGCGAAGCCGUCGAUGACCUCCCCAUGCAGGAGAGGUACCCUGCCAGUUCCGUGGUCCACCCCAGCGAGGCUGCAGACAACCUGGCUUAGCGGACCUUGACGUCUGCGUUGCCACUGUCAUCCAGAAGUCUGGCGCCGUUGACAACUCAGUUCAGCGCGGCUGUAACAGUUUGUGGUCGCACGGGCCCAGCCGAGACCGAAGCACUGCCGUCGGGCCAUUUGCGCACGCGCCGGGCCCCUGCAGUGUCUUUGCAUCCGCAUCAUUGGGCGCUACUGUGUGCUCCGCAACUGUCGAUGUUGAUUGACCCUGGCGGGGCGCGGCUCAGAAUAGAUGUGUGCGAUGUUUCCCUUGCGUGACGUUUGCAUCGCCGGUUUGGUGACCCUGAAUUUGCAGUGGGCGAUACAGUUGGAUACUGGUUGGCACGCACGUACGGCGGGUUAGGAGUCCAUCUCGCACAGUUGCAUGUCUUACCUUAUCGUGGGGAGGGGAGGCGUGACGCUGAUCCCCUCUCCUUCUCCUGCGUCUCUCGAAAGUCGAAC